CUUUCACUAUGAAAUAUGGAUCAACUACGUCACUGAAGUGUAAGAGUAGGAAGUACAUUACUCAUAACUUACGUGUUGGUUCAUUCAAGUGGAUGUACAGGACUGGCCGUGGUGUGGCACAUUUUUAUAAGACACCUGAAAAUGGCAGAAGAGCUUAAAAAACUGAGGAGCAAGUUUGUACAGAAAGUUUCAAAGGAUAUAGUCAAACAGCUUCUUGACCUGCUGCUGGAGGACAAAGUAAUAAAUGAUGGAGAGAAAGAGUCAAUAAUGGAAGAGAAUCUAACUACAUCUGACAAGGCAAGGCAAACUAUAGACACUGUGAGCAAGAAAGGAGAUAAUGCCAGUAACCGACUGCUCCAACAUCUUCAAAAAUGUGACCCCACUCUCUACGAAGACCUGUGUCCUGAAGUCAGAAGUCAGAAGUCUGAGGUCCAGCAGGCCUGGUCAUCCACUCUUAUAAAAUCAAAAGAGGCCUUUUGGAAGGAAAAACAAAAUGAUAAAAAUAUCUAUCCAGUGACCUUACAUUCAUCAAAGAACCGUGUGGCUCUGCUCAUCACUAAUAUCAACUUUGUGAAUAAAAAGAAUAACAGAGCUGGAGCAGAGAAAGAUGAAGAGAAUAUGGAGAAACUGCUCACUGAUCUGGGAUAUGAGGUGGUCAAGCACACAGACCUCACUGGAAAGCAAAUGGAUGCAGCCCUGGCUAAGUUUUCCACGCAUCCUAAGCUCAAAAAGACAGACAGUGUGUUUGUGGUCAUCAUGUCCCACGGCAAACGAGGGGCUGUCCUUGGCGUCAACUUCAAAUCAGGUCCUUCAGGAGAAGAACCAGAUGAACUGCCCAUUGACAAUAUUUUCAAGUACUUGAAUGCAAAAAACUGUCCUGAGCUGGUGAACAAACCCAAGAUCAUCAUCAUCCAGGCCUGCAGAGGAGAGGAAAGCGGGUCAGUGACUGUGCAUGACAGCUUGGAGGCAGAUGAUGGAUCUGCAAUGGGAGGAAACAUUGAGGAGGAUAAACUGCAGGUCAUACAUAAAGAAAAAGACUUUAUCGCUCUUCUCUCUUGCACUCCUGUAGAUACUGUUUCAUACAGGCACAGAUCAGAAGGCUCUUUCCUUAUCCAGUUCACUGUUAAAGUUUUCAAUACCUUUGCUCACAACUGUCAUACUGAAGAGCUCUUCCGAAAGGUCAUGCAGGAAUUUGAAGAGUUAAAUUGUCUAAAGCAGAUGCCGACUAAAGACAGAUGUACUUUAAUUCAUCAUUUCUACCUAUUCCCAGGUCUCAGUCAUAUGAGCUAAAUACCUUGUCCCUAUUCUUGUAUUUCUAAAGGUUGAUGUAAUUUUUCUGGUGUUCAGUUGAGUCUAAUCAUCAAACUACGAAUGUCAUUUCAACGUAUAAAACGAAUCUGGUGCAGUUUGAACCCGUUAUAAUUAUAUUACAGCUUUUCAACGACACUCCAAAAUAAAAAUUUACACAUUUUACAUUG